GCGCCUCGGCCCUGCCACUCGGGCGCGUAGCUGCUGCCGCGCGCUCUGGUUCGGGACCUCCCUCCGCCCGCCCGUCCGUCCGUCCGUCCGUCCGCAGAGCACUUGCAGCCCUGCGGCCCCGCGAUGGGGCCGGCCCCUCUGCCGCUGCUGCUGGGGCUCUUGCUCCACGCGCUCCGGAGUGGAGUGAUUGCUGAAACCAGGGAAGAAACCAGACCCUCCCAAUCACUCCCAAGGAGCCUGCAAGUGGACCACAGGCCAUUUUCCUACCCUGACACCAGUGGGUACCAGCCUGCUUCGAUGCUGUCACCGACCCAGCCUGGAAGGCCACAUCCAGGAGACACGGCUGGCCCCCAGGCCACCUCUGCUGCAGCAAAGCUCCGACCACCUGUUGCAUUUAAUCACACAGUUGGACACAUAAUACUUUCUGAGCACAAAGAUGUCAAAUUUAAUUGCUCCAUCAAUAUACCUAAUAUGUACCAGGAAACUGAAAGUGUUUCCUGGUGGAAAGAUGGGAAGGAGUUGCGUGGAGCACAUAAUACAGUUACACAGUAUUAUCCCGAUAAUGAAGUCACGUCAAUCAUUGCAUCCUUCAGCAUAACCAGCGUGCAGCGCUCAGACAAUGGAUCGUACAUCUGUAAGAUGAAAGUGAACAAUAUCGAGAUUGUGUCUGACCCCAUCAACAUCGAGGUACAAGGACUUCCCUACUUCACUAAGCAGCCCGAGAGCCUCAAUGUCACCAGAAACACAGCCUUCAACCUCACCUGCCAUGCUGUGGGGCCCCCUGAGCCGGUCAACAUUUUCUGGGUUCGAAACAGCAGCCGCAUUAACGAGCGGGCUGAAACAUCUCCCUCUGUUCUAACUGUCCGGGGUCUCACAGAGACGGCGAUCUUCAGUUGCGAGGCCCACAAUGACAAAGGACUGACCGUGUCCAAGGGUGUGCAGGUCAACAUCAAAGCGAUUCCCUCCCCACCAACCGAAGUCCACAUCCACAACAGUUCGGCGCACAGCAUUCUGGUCUCCUGGGUCCCUGGUUUUGAUGGCUACUCCCCAUUCAGGAACUGCAGCAUUCAGGUCAAGGAAGCUGAUCCUCUGAGUAACGGCUCAGUCAUGAUUUUUAACACCUCGGCUUCACCACAUCUGUAUCAAAUCCAGCAGCUGCAAGCCCUGGCCAAUUACAGCAUCAGUGUGUCCUGUAUGAACGAAAUUGGCUGGUCCGCACUGAGCCCGUGGAUUCUGGCCAGCACCACGGAGGGAGCUCCAUCCACAGCACCUUUAAAUGUCACUGUGUUUCUGAACGAGUCUACUAAUAAGGUGGAUGUCAGAUGGAUGCAGCCUCCAAUCAGGCAGCAGGAUGGGGAGCUGGUGGGCUACCGGAUAGCUCACUCGUGGCAGAGUGACAGCACUUCUAAAGAACUCUCUGAAGAAGUCGGCCGAAACAGCAGCCGGGCUCAGCUUUCUGUCCAAGUCUACAAUGCCACGUUCUCAGUGAGGAUUGCAGCUGUCACUAAAGGAGGAGUUGGGCCUUUCAGCGACCCGGUGAAGAUAUUCAUCCCUGUGCAGGGUGGGGUAGACUCUGCCCCAUCAUCAACGCCAGCACCAGGCAGCCCCGAGCCUGUGCUCAUCAUCCUCGGCUGUUUCUGUGCAUUCGUUUUGAUUGGGUUGAUUUUAUACAUUUCCCUGGCAAUCAAAAGAAGAGUGCAGGAGACAAAGUUUGGGACUGCAUUCACAGAGGAGGAUUCUGAAUUAGUUGUAAAUUAUAUAGCCAAGAAGUCCUACUGUCGACGAGCUAUUGAACUUACCUUACACAGCUUGGGAGUUAGUGAGGAACUGCAAAAUAAACUAGAAGAUGUCGUGAUUGACAGGAAUCUUCUAAUGCUUGGAAAAAUUCUGGGGGAAGGAGAGUUCGGGUCUGUGAUGGAAGGAAAUCUGAAACAGCAAGACGGGACCUCUCAGAAGGUGGCGGUGAAGACCAUGAAGUUGAACAACUUCUCACAGCGGGAGAUCGAAGAGUUUCUCAGUGAGGCAGCGUGCAUGAAAGACUUCAGCCACCCUAACGUCAUCCGACUUCUAGGCGUGUGUAUCGAAAUGAGCUCUCAGGGCAUCCCGAAGCCCAUGGUGAUUUUACCCUUCAUGAAAUACGGGGACCUGCACACCUACUUACUGUACUCCCGGCUGGAGACGGGACCAAAGCAUAUUCCCCUGCAGACGCUGUUGAGGUUCAUGGUGGACAUUGCACUGGGAAUGGAGUAUCUCAGCAACAGGAGUUUUCUGCAUCGGGACUUAGCUGCUCGGAACUGCAUGUUGCGUGAUGACAUGACUGUCUGUGUGGCCGACUUCGGCCUCUCCAAGAAGAUUUACAGCGGCGAUUACUACCGCCAAGGCCGCAUUGCAAAGAUGCCUGUCAAGUGGAUUGCCAUCGAGAGUCUCGCAGACCGAGUCUACACAAGUAAAAGCGACGUGUGGGCAUUUGGCGUGACCAUGUGGGAAAUAGCGACACGGGGAAUGACCCCCUAUCCGGGAGUCCAGAACCAUGAGAUGUAUGACUACCUUCUCCACGGCCACAGGCUGAAGCAGCCCGAGGACUGCCUGGAUGAACUGUACGAAAUCAUGUUCUCCUGCUGGAGCGCGGACCCCUUGGACCGACCCACCUUCUCGGUGCUGAGGCUGCAGCUGGAGAAGCUCUUGGAGAGCCUGCCUGACUCCCAGGACAAAGCGGCCGUCAUCUACAUGAACACCCCGCUGCCCGAGGGCUGCGACGGCUUGGCAGAGGGCCUGGCGCUUGCUCAGCUGGACAUGAACAUCGACCCCGACUCCAUCAUUGCGUCCUGCGCUCCCGGUGCCACGGUCAGCGUGGUCAAGGCGGAGGUCCAUGAGAGUCAACCUCAGGAGGAGCGGUACAUCCUGAAUGCAGGCGGCGAGGACUGGGAUGACCAGGCUGCUGCUCCCUCUCCUACGGUGCCCGGGGCAAAGAACAGGGUUUGCCCGGAGGACCUACUGGGGCGGAAUGGGGUCUCCUGGUCCCGCUGCAGCACGCUGCCCGCGGGGAACUCAGCCCCCGACGAUAUUUUGUUUGCAGAUGACUCCCCGGAAGAGUCAGAAAUCCUGUUGUGAGCCAAGCCAAGGGACAAUGUGCCAAGGCCAAGUGUGUUCCUCUGCCUCAGGAGGGUUCCGCUCUGCUUGGUGUUUCUAUCUGAACUUCAGUUGAGCCCAGGGCCUUUGUACUAAGCUGCAUUCCCAGCCCCAGCUCGCCUUCUUUUUGAGAAAGGGUCUUGCUAAAUUGCCCAGGCAGGACUGAAACUUUGGAUCCUCCUUCCUCAAUUUCCCAAAGUCCUGGGAUUACAAGUGUGUGUCCCCAGCCCAGCUGCUUGAUGUUCCUAGUACAGUAUUUGUUUUGUAAGCUCAGUAAAUUCCAUGGCCCCAGAGCACCAGCUGAAUGUUGUCAAGUAAGUCUUCAUUACAAACAAAUAACAGAGCUGAGGGUGUAGCUCAGUGGUGGAGCCCGUGCUUCCCCCGCGCCAUUAAAAAAUAAAAAUACAUAAUAUAUUUAUUUAAGGAGAAAAAACUAUAUGUAUAUAGUGGAAAGAGACAGAGAUAUUGUAUUUUAAUAAAAGGUGACCUAUUUAACUUACCUUGCAGGACUAUGCUAUUCCUCAGUGCUAACAGUUGUACAAAGUUGUUUUUUUCUUUUUUAAGUUCUUGUUCAUCGCUGUUAAAUAUGAAGAUAUUUGUAAAAUGAAAUGCCACAUUUUACCUCAUUCCUGGUGAGGAGGUAAGAUGUGCCUUAGUGAAUCGUGGGUUCAUAGCAGUGGUUCACUUAAUGUGUAAAGUUUUAUACUUGACUAACUUUCUGAUGACUUCCUAAUAAAAUAUGAAUGAGAGGGUGUCGAACGUUCUCCCAGCUCAGAACAACAGUGGUCCAGCAGCCUGGGCGCUGGACCCAAGGCUUUGCCAAGCUCUCCCUGCAUGGCUGGUUCUCACCCCGACCCUUCUCGGUGCUGCUUUUUUAGAGAAUUGGAAAAACCACCCAAGGAUCUGUAGCUGAGAAGUAAACAACACCAAGGGACUGAAAAAUAUAAUCUGAAGCCAGGCAUGGUGGCGCAUGCCUAUAAUCCCAGUACUUGGGAGGCUGAGGCAGGAGGAUUCACUGUGAGUUCCAGGCCAGUUCAAGGCUAGUUCAAGUGAGUUCAAGGCUAACCUGAGCUGCACAGUGGAAUCGUGUCUCAAAAAAAAAAAAAAAUAUAUAUAUAUAUAUAUAUAUAUAUAUAUUCUGAUUGGAAAGAUUUAUAGUCAGCUAUAAGAGAGAGUACGACUUUGGCAGAGAAGGGCACAGCCCCUGCAGUUCACACCCUACCCUCCUGUUUCAUUAGUUAAGGACUUGUCAUGUCUCGAGUGUGUUAUAUGAGCUGUCCCAUUUCACCUGUGGGUCACUGUACCACGAGUGGCCGUGCUCUUGGCAUGGCUGAGCCAGGAUCACGGCCCAUAUCUGGACCUACAGUAGAGUCAGAGAGUGGUAGAGCAUUUCAUUAAGCGUCUGUUUGGAGGUUGCACUAGUUAGCUUCUCUUUACUAUGCCCAAUUACUAAGGCGGAUAAGUUAAAGGUUUACAUGACUCAAAAUCUGGAGAUUCCAAUCCAUAUCAGGUGGCCCCUGGCUGGGCCUCCGAUGAGGUUGGCAGGUGACCAUAUCAGUGUGAGCUCCUGUCAUAGUAAGUGCUCACAUUGCUUCCCAGGAAGCAGAGAGGACAGGUCAGGGUCACACAAUCCCUUGGGGUACCCCCAGCAACUGAGGGCCUCCUCAAGCCCCCAUGCUGUUCUCUGUAAGACGCUCAUCCACCCCUUAGCAGGGGUCUCGCGCAGAGCUGCUUGACUUCCUCGUUUUAUUUAAUAAACGUACCAUUUACCACGUGCCAGUCAUAACAAGUCUCCCAGAUAGGUACUACUCUUAUCCCCACUCCGCAGAUGGGUACACAGAGGCUGGAUGAACCAUCUUACUGUAGGACAGAGGACCAUGGCAGUGAGUUGAAGUGUUACCUGUUGAGGGUCACUGGCAUCCUUGGAACCGAGUGUUACCACAGGGAUCACCCAGGGUUCCAGGCCUACAUAGGGCUCAGAGACACUGCCCUGGUCUUGGUCUGGUCCAGAGCCCAGUCUCCAGGGCAGGCACCUCUUCUGAUACUGUGAAAUAGUCCGGGAGAAAUUGUUCCUGGGUUUGGAAAGGGUCAGCACAGUUCCAAUAAAUGCCAGCAUUACAUUUUGUCAGUGAAAGACAAAGCAAAGCUCACCAGGUCCUGUAAAGAUGAUUUAUGCUGUCAAAAAUGUUUAAAUCGUCGGUUCUAAACAUCAAUAAAACUUUUUCAUCACCUA